GCUACUGUGAAUGAACCUCGCCGUGAGAAUUGGUUUGAGGUGAUGGGAUUAUUAUUAGGACACUUCCGUGAGGGCGAGAUGACUGUCACCGGCGCCUUUGGACUCCCCGUGGAUGCGAGUGAAGUGGAGUGCUCCAUGAAUGAUGCCUCGCAACUGUACAUGCUGGAUUUCCUACAAUACUAUCAACGAGGCGGUAUACAUCGGGAAUAUGAAUAUCAACAAGAAGAACAAGAAGGAAAAGAGGGAAAAGAAGAAGAAGAGGAAGAAGAGGAAGUGGAGGGUUGUAUUGGUUGGUAUCACAGUCAUCCGGGAUACACCUGUUUUCUCUCCGGCACAGAUGUGGACACACAACAGUUAAGUCAAUCUGCACAAGACCCGUGGCUCGCCAUUGUGGUAGAUCCCGUGCGCACAAUUGCAACAGGAAGAUUAGAUAUGAAGGCCUUUCGCACCUUUCCAGAGGCUUAUGCAGAGAAGUUGCGGGGGAAACAACAACAACAGGAAGAAGAACAAGAAAAACAAAAACAGGCAAGACAUACUAAUACUUCUACUACUAAUAAUAAUAGUAAUAAUAAUAAUAGCAUGAAUACUACAGGCGGUGGAGAGUGGAGGAGAAACAUGACAUCCACUACAUCUGCUCCUAUUGGUGGUAGUAAUAGUCAUCAUCAUAUGAAUAUGAAUAUGAAUAUUAAUAAUAAUAGUAUUAGUAUUAGUGGCUCAGUGCCAUCUGAACGCAUUAGAGAGUAUGGUGUGCAUGCCCAUCGUUAUUAUGAACUCCCCAUCACACUUGUACGCAGUAAGAAUGAUGAGGCAUUAUUAGACCGUCUUUGGUGUCGCUAUUGGGCCUUAACAUUCAUGACUAAUCCUCUCAUCUCCAACCGAUAUUUAAUGACACAACAAAUACACCAAUUGGCUACUGUGCUGGAGAAUAACACUGCUGCUGGUAAAGGCUUUGUGAGGAGUGGAAAACAACAACAACAUCAACAACGACAGAAAUAUCAAAUAAAUACUCUUGGAGGAGGAGGAGCUAUUAUGGAUGUUGAUAGUGAUAAUAAUAAUGAUGAGGAUGAUGAUAAUAAUAAUGAUGCGUUUGAACAGAGUUGUGUUCAAGUACGUUACUUGGCAUCCUCAUUAGCGUCUGAAGUGACAUUAGGUGGUACUCUCAUCUCAGUAAAGAAUGCUGCUUUUUCCGUCUAG